AUGGAUACACCUAAGGCUCAAAAAGCCAUUUCACCAGAUGAUGCUGGCAUGAAGUUUUCAGGUAGGAUGGUUACGCCAUCAAUUUCAAAUGAGAAGCCAGAGCUCGAUAUAUCACCAACUUGUGAAAAUAGUCUUGCAACUACAUACACGGCAAGUUCUAUUAACCAAAAAGGAAAUAGACCAGAAAUAGAAGUUAAACUUGGCGAUAUAAUAACUACAAGACUGAAUCAGGAUUAUGUUUGUAAUAAUAUCGAAACACGAUACGAUGUUACCAAUAAUGAAGACUUUGCAAUGAAUCACGACACACAUGACGUCAGUAACUCUUCGGACAUGAUGGAUGAGCUCAAUGACAAAAUAAUGUCACUGGAGAAACAAAUGAUUGAAAAGGAAAUUAGAGUAAUGAAGAUUGAGAAGAAAUGCCAGGAAUUGGUAGAUGCCGUAAAAGAGUCGGCUCCAGAUGUUGCUGCUAAUCUGGAUUUUGAUGGAGAAACAAUAACCAAUCACAACAAAGGUUAUUCCAGUAACAUGCAAUCGAGUUCAAUUUGUCAAAAUUGCGAAGCUAAAUCUCAGUCUGCGGAGAAGAAAGUGAGACCCUUUUCUGGGCGAAAAAAAUCGAAGCCAUUGUCCGCAGAACAAUUGGAAAAGAUGAAUAAACUUGAAAGCGAUAACGAUGCUCUGAGAGUUGAAUGUUCACGCGUACGUACUGAGCUGGACCAAUGUCGUGCGCGAUUGGCAAAGACAAAAUGGGAACUUAUCACGUUGAGAUAUGUGGAGAAUAAAGCCGCUCGCUUACCUACUCCAUAUUCUGUCGAAAAAGACAUAGACAUAAUUCAAGAUAAUCGAAAGCUUGUGGACGAAUCUAAUGGAGAGACACAAGAGAUUGGUUAUCUUGAGUCGAAUGACGUCUCAAAAACAGAAACACCCAAGAUUUCAUUAAAAGGAGUUGUAACGAAAAUGGUGGCACCUAUACAAACAAAGCCACAACGACUAUUUAUCGGACAGCAACGCAAUACUACGCAAGAUGAAUUUGACGCUUACACUACUGUGAUGAAAGACGGACAGACGAAACCCGUGCAAAAGAUUACCAUGUCCAGAGUUAAGCAGAAAGCAGGUCCUGCUGCCGAGGACGAGAGUGCUUCUGUUGAAGUUGAAGAGGUUAACCUCACGCACCAGGGCGUACAGACAGAUCCUGCAAUGGACCCACUAGGUGCAUGGUCAAAUGUCAUUGACACAGUUAAUUAUCUAAAGUGCUGGUGAGCAGUGACCGAAAAAGGUGGUAUAAAGGACGUAGUGAGUCGAUUGACCGAGUGGUUAGUAGAGGCGCCGCAACCUACAGCCAUCAUGUCUGCGCUGGCACUCUCGCCAAAUGGUUAUGGUGAAAGAACAAGUCUCCUCGGAUAAGGAAUAUAAAUCGUAGGCCCAGUGCACAAUGGCUCGAGUACACUAUAAAGAACCCAGUACAUCAUUUGAGACGAAUAGGGGUUACACUGGUGUACUGGUACAGACAGCCCCCGUGGUAGACGACGAGAGCUGCUGGUACCGGGUUGACAAUAUCAACCAUUUAUUCUGGCCAAACUACGCCCUCUAUGCCA